ACCCCCACGAGUGAAACCGCGCGCGCCAACGUGCCCUCAGCAACCCAAGCGUCUGAACAGUGCUAUGCUUUUAAGACUGCACCAGCUGUCGACUUGAAACGACCCUCGCCGCUAGCCCCUUUUCCAUCGUGCCACGUAUCGCUCUCACCCUUCUUCGAGACUCGACUAGUCUCUCGUCUCUUUUACCAGCCCGAGCCACAUCGCGCGCCAACUCCCCGCGGCAGAGUAUUAAUCGGAUCUGACACUUUCAGUGAAGCCUCUGAACGUAAAUCCAAGCGAUACGAUUGGAAGCUUAAGGAUCGCUGAAGAUAAUUGAAUCCACGAAUCGCUUUCCUCCACUCAGUGCUUUUUGCUGAGAGUAUAUUCUGAGAAACCCUUGAAAUAGAUUUCUAACCUCACUAUUCAAGUCCUAAGCUCUCGUCAUAAUACUGUUCCGGCCUCAUGGCAGCACAGAAACUCACGCCACUUCUUGUCGCAGUUCUGCAACUUUGCUUAUGUCAAAUGUCACAGGAACUGGAACCGGUUUUCUUAGCUGCUUUAGAAAAUCAUACAGUAAUACAAGGACGUGACGUAUUCUUCACAUGCGUAGUAAAUCAUCUACAAUCCUACAAGGUAGCAUGGAUCAAAUCCGAUUCGCGGGCUAUACUAGCGAUACAUACCCAUAUGGUUGCACAUAACCCACGCUUAUCAGUAACCCAUAAUGGCCACAAUACAUGGAAACUCCACGUUGCCAACGUGCAGAAAGAAGAUUCCGGCACUUAUAUGUGCCAAGUCAACACAGAUCCAAUGAAGAGUCAGAUGGGAUACAUGGUCGUUUUAAUACCACCGGAUAUAAUGGAUGACGAGUCGGCUGAUGGUCUGGUAGCUCACGAAGGUGGAAAUAUUAAAUUACAGUGCGUCGCAACGGGAACACCAAAACCUACAGUCACCUGGAAACGCGAAGAUGGAGCGAAUAUUACACUACGGGGAGACAGACAAAAGCAAUCCGUGAAGAAGUACGAGGGGGAGACAUUGGAAUUAACGAAUGUGGUUAGGCAAGAGAUGGGAGCAUAUCUCUGCAUAGCAAGCAAUGGCGUACCACCUACGGUCAGCAAACGAUACACCGUAAACAUUCACUUUAAGCCACUGAUCAAAGUAACGAAUCAAUUAGUAGCUGCACCGAUCAACAGUGAUGUUGUCCUACAAUGUUACGUAGAAGCAUCGCCACAUCCGAUGAACACAUGGUACGAGGAAUCGGGCGACAAGUUACUUCUAAGCGACAAGUACACGAUGACAGACUAUGCACUGAAUAACGACUACUCCUGGCAGAUGAAUCUAACGGUUCACUCGCUCGACAAAAGAGACUUCGGUGGUUACACGUGUAGCGCAGUGAAUGCCCUGGGAAAAUCUGAAGGCGUGGUGCGUUUACAAGAAUUAAAUCUACCAGUAAAGACUACACCGGGGACGAUAACAAGACACACAGAUUCAAGAGCGAAAAAGAAAGUAUCGAAGGCAAAAAAGAAAAGUAGGCGUCCUAACAUUGAUGGAUUUGAUGACAAUGACCUUAUAAAUGGUAUUGAGGAUGAUCUUGGUACUACUCAGAUCAUGGCUGGUAAUGCUCUAGAAGGUCAACGCACUGAGAAACCCUUAACGUUACCAUCCCUCUCACCACCAUGGGUCAUACUUAACGAAGCAAGUUCGAGAUACUCCUUGAUCUCGAACUUGACAAUUCUGUCGUUGUUAUUUACGGUAACCCUGUAAGAAUUGACAGUAAAUUUGUAAAUCCGAUGCCAGAGGGACGUAGCCUGAAUGCCUAUUCGACAAUCCAGUCAUAAGACCUACGUCCUUUUGGCAUGACACGGCCGACUUGUUAUUACUGUAAAUAGGGAGAUGUGAAGGGUGGCAUCCCAGUGAAAUAGUUAUUGGACGUUCGCGCGUAUAUUAAGCUAGGUUAACGAAAGCAAGAUGGAUGUUCUGGAUGGAUGAACGAGACACAUCCUGCGAAAAGCCAGAAGGCCAAAAGUGAAGGACUGCUGGCAACAUGGCCUACGAAUAGUGUAUGUGACAGAGAGAGAUAGACAUAGAGAGAGAGGCGGGAGGGGAUGAAUCGAUCCCGAAAAAAUGAGGUCUUCCUGUUGUUCGAAAUAAUAAGCUGUGCGUGCGAUUUUUUGUACUGAAUGUGGUAAAUCGUCAGUGCAACCAAUGAGAGGAUGCUACUGCGGGAUUACGACUUCUCAUGUAAAUAAGGGAAUUGAGGCAGCGGAUUUAAUACGUAGAGCUUUAGUUCAAUUUUUAAAAUGGUUAAGAUUCGUUUAAGACAUCAAAUGCGCAAAUGUGUGAAACGUAGAGGAAUAGGAAGUACCUUUAUCGAAUGCGUACAGUUCUUUUUCUGUUAGAAAUGUAAACUUUGGUAUGGAUUCCUUAAGUGAGGUUGUAAUUACUGAGGGGAUGAGUAUUCUGGUAAUUGAGCUACGUGAAAUAACUUUUAAUGAUAAUUUUUAUACUCAUCGUGUGGAAAAUAAACGCCGAAUUUUUCGCGAGAUAUUCUAUGUUAUGAUACGUACCCAUUAUACAUCCGUAAGAUCAUUUAUGACUUCACGUAUCAAGUAUCAUGUGUUUCGUAUCGGUUUUUCCGAAAUAAAAUAAAAUAAAAUUUCUGACGCGUAUUCUGCAUGACUGAAGUCAGAAUAGCUGAAAGAGAACAAAAAGAAUCACCUUACACAUAAAUCUGUAUACAUUAACAGUGAAAUAAUGCAAAGUGAAUUACAAUAGCGGUACGUGCUCUGCAGGAACGGUAGUAACAGAAAACGAAUAUUACAGAAUCGCAUUUUUAUUCCAAAGAGCGGUUUCAGCAUAUUCCUGAAAUGUUUCACGGUAUUCGUAAAUUUCACAUCCGAUUGACUAUAAUCACACGUACCAUAACGAUCCAACAAUUCUUCCAAGAAGUUCUUCCAAUAUUUUAACGCAUUUCUAUCUACAUAAUGAAAAUAUUAUUUUUUAUAUUGAAAUACACCUUCAAAGUCACUGUGUACAAUUCUUUUGAAAAAUUACUGACAAUGAGCAUUAAAAUGUGCAAUGAGACUUCGACAUUUUAGUUGUCGAUUAAUUCACAGGUAAAAUUACUCCGAUUGCUGUGUGUCGUUACCGCGUAUAAUUGAGUUAUACUUACUACGUAAAGUGUGUUAAUUGCCAACCACAAUCACGGAACAAUGUACUCUCAAUAGAAUUCGACAGAUAUUACAUAACAAAUAAUUACCUUGAUUAAUGACGUUCCUUCAAGUCAUUAUACUCACGUAUAAUCAAACGAGAAGUAGCUUUACUAACUAACCGCGAAUAUACGUAUAAUAUGAGAAACAUUGAAAACUCGCAAAUGGUCUCAAAUGAUCAAGGUGAAAUUCAGUCCCCAACCUAGUAUAAUAACGCCUAAUGACAAGUCAUCAAAGUCUGUACUGUUAAAAAGACAAUUACUGGUUGAGAUAUCACUGGAUUUCUCAUUUAAUUUGAAUUUUUUAUUUCUGAUAGAAUUCAUGUUUCUUCACUAUUAAAUUGGAAAUUUUUAAAAGUAAUUGGAAAAAUAAACCUAGUCAAUAAAAUGACCAAUCGCAUAUCGAUUUUGACUAAUAAGAAAAAAAAUGAAAAGUACAGUCAAGCUAAGAAUAUUCAGACAUAGGGCGUGAGACGAAGAUCCUGUAAUUGACUAUGCUAAUUGUGAAAGAUUUUUUUUUUUAAUAUAUUUUCUAAAGUUUUUUUAUUUUGUCUUAUCUUUACCUCGUGCUGCGUUCAAGACACUAUAUAACGUGUACAAGGUAUAUCUACUCUUGUUACUAGACGACAAACUUACGAUUCAGUGCAUAGGAUUGUACAUACAUGAUUUUACAAAGCGUGAUUAAUAACCUCAAAAUUUGACAAGUAAUUGAAAUUUGAAAAUUAAUUUUUGUUUACUGUAUAAUGCCUACGCUUCGCGCGGAACGAAUCAAAACUUUUGAGAUAAAUGGCGCACACAAUGAUUGGUCCGUACGAAUGAGAGGAGUAAGACUUUUAAUAUUCGAUUCAUCUAAGCAAACUUGAAUAUCUUGAAUGUAUAGUGCAUAUAUAUUGCAACUGAAUAACUGCUCUUAUGCGUAAAUUUGGACCAUUCCCAUUUGAUGUUAAUAAUGCGAUCAUUAUAAGGUCUUUUCAUAGUGUAUAUGAAACGCAAUUACAAUUUGAAUCUAUUGGGCAAGGAGGAGAACGAUCUGUCAUUAAUAGUUCUCAAAGAAAUGAAAUUCUGCUAUCUUACGAUCCGUGCUGAGCAGAUGUAACGACAAUAAAUACAAUAUAGUAUAAUCCCCGAUAUGAUUCAGGAUUUUCUAAGAAAAUGGAUGAAGACCGUCUCUGGAUAAUUAAAUGAAAAUUUAUUUUUUUCAAUAUUAUACGUAUUAUUUAUCCUUUUUAAUCCUUUUUUUUCGUCGAAACGAUAAAGUAAUAUCGGUGGGCUAUUUCAGCCCUUCUAAUAAAUACUUGUUACUAUUUUUUCCAGGGAAUUCUUUAACCCAAUAAAAAAACCUGAAUCAUUAUACUUAUCACGCCUUUAAUUAAACUCCCAUAGGUGUAUAGGAAGGAAUGGCGAAUUUAUCGGAUAUGAUACGUAAUGUAUACAUAAAUAUAUAUGUAUAUACAAUUAUAUUGCAACGAUACAUAUGAAUAUUAUAGGACCACGUUUAAUGUACAUACACCCGUACCUAUACAUGUUUUAAGUAUCCAUGUAAAUAACGUAAAACUAAGUGUUGGAGUCGUACGUACGACAGUAUAAUCGAACAAUGACGUUCAUGAAUCUGCUAUAUGAAACGAGACUAGAUUUUAUAUGUGAUAUUAAUCAAAUCGGUAUGUAAUAUAAUAAGGAGGAUAAAAAGGCAACCUCGUUACCCGCAUGAGAUAAAUCUAUAACUGUACAGGUCAUUUCGCAAUGGAUGCUGCGCAUGGAACAAUAACGCUUAUUAUAUAUAUAUAUUUCUUUACAUCUGCACCACAUAUAUUUUAAUAUACUAUAAAAUUAGCUUUUACAUCAUAAUAUUCCUGAUAAAUGUUGUUUUUAAUAACUUUGAUUUUAUAAUCGAAUUACAUUAAUUAUAUUAAUAAUUUUUAUUACUUUAAAUUAAAAAUAUAUUCAUGAAAAUUUUAUAUUCCAUACGUAACAUCCCUGGCAUUUAAUCCUGUAUAAAUAUAACAAAAUCUGCAACGUUAUAAUUACAGCGAAUUGUCGCUCCGUAACACAACGAAUAUUCGGACACUAAUUUUUCGCUAAUCCGGUAAGCUUUCGGGGAUUCUUAUCUUUGUGACGAAUAUCAUACACUAUACUAUUUUCAUAAAAGAUGAUUUUUUGAGUCAACAUGCAAUAAAUUCAUGUGGGGAUGUUUCUUCGUUAUACCGAGUGCAGUCGAACUAGUACAGCACUCAGGUUACUCAGGUCACUAAAAAUUAUCACAUAUACAUGAUGGAUACGUACAGUCCAAUCUCGAUACAAGCUUGUCCAUUACAAUCAGUUUUCUCUCCGGUCUAAUUAUUUUGGAAUUCGGAAGCUUCCUCUACUUAAAAGCUCUUUUGAAUUCUGGGACGCAUAUCUUAUUACAAGCCUCAAGUGAAAUGUUAAUUAAACGUACAUGUGUAAAAUUAAAGGCUUAUGACGAGUGCUCUUACUCGAUACUGCUACAUCCGGUAGUGGGAAAACUGUAAUUCGGAGAAAUAAUUCCCCCACAGGGCCAAAUGGAGGCUUAUAAUGAGAUUGGACUGCAUAUUGAAUCUUAUGAUCGUCCCAAUUACGACCCCGAUAGCUGUGAAAUACCCCAUAGUUUUAAAUUCAAGUAUUGUAUUCCAAUGUGAUUAUAAUUAUUACUAUAUGCUAUGUCUAUCUUCAUGUAAGUUGAGACAUAUGUGUAUGUAUUUUGACCUAAACCAUGUAUUUUGAAAAUUGUAGACAAAGCAAGUUAAAACGAUGUUACUUUGAGGAGGCUGUUGAAAUUCUAUUGGAUUCCGAUCAUUAAAUUAUUCGUAUUGCAAUCAAACGUAUUAAGUGGUAAUUUCGUAUCAUAUCGAGAUAACAUGGAAACGUAAAUAAAAAAAUAGUCUGGAUGCAUUUUUCCAAGUUGUAAUAUUGCGUAGAGUAAUAAAAAUGAAUAAAAUCGUAUCUGUGAAGUUAUUAGAUAAACAAUAUUGUUUAUCUUUCAUAAAUUAAAUUGUGAAUAAUUGCCUUCGAUGAAAUAAAAUGAUCACAGUAAUAAUUAGUAUUAUAUAUAAUUUGGAAUUGCCGUUACUACCGAUAACAAAACUUAUGAUAG